GGAACUUCCUCUAUCUGACAUCACGACGCCUAUAAAAAUAUUGGGCCAAUGUACCUGGAAACAAUUAGAAGAACGCGUAGUAGUACACUUCCAUUGUAUGACAGAAGUACGUGGCUCAGCAUUAAAGAUGCAAAGCCGCAACCCCAAACCUCAGUUUGCGGACUGGCUGAUAGAACAGGUGUGGACCGGGCAAUACGCCGGGUUGUGUUUUGUGGACAACAACAAGUUCAGAGUCCCGUGGAAACACAUCUCUAGGAAGGACUGCUGCGAGGACGACAGUAAAAUAUUCAGGGCAUGGGCAGUGGUCAGUGGUAAAAUCAACACACAUCCCAAUGACAAGGCAAAGUGGAAGACUAACUUCCGCUGUGUACUGAACAACCUGACCAAGCGUUUCAUGAUGGUGGAAGACCACUCCAAGGACUCAGACGAUCCCCAUAAAGUCUACCUGAUUAUCAACAAUGAGUCUAACUAUGGGAGCCCACACAUAGAGGAAAUUGCUGUGGAGGACUAUGACAUUGACAUCCACAGCUCUCUCACCUCUACAGGCUAUACCCCCCCAGGCAUGGAGCAUGAUAAUCUACUCAAGCUUGUGAACACCAUAGACCUGAACCGACAUACUGGUACAGCACACCUCCCACAUGUAGAAAGUCAACUCUACAAUGGGUUGUUUAUUACUCACACACAAAACAAACAAAUAUUGAGAAAGCUUUCUAAUGAGAUAAGAGGCCAGUUUUCUCAAAUCUCCCUUUUGUUCUUCUCCACAGAGGAGUGGGCAGAGACCUAUAUACACACACACCACCCAGUGGUACCAGAAGACUGCUACCCCUUCCAGCCUCUAACAGAGCCCCAGCCAGUCUCCCAGAACCCCUCACCACCACCAGUCCAAGUACCAGUACAGCAGCCAUACGACCACGUGAACCAGGAUGCCCUGCUCAACCUGCCUGCUGCCCAGCCGUCUCUCUGUGACCUGGAGAUCACCAUCUCCUACAGGAGGAGAGAGAUGCUGAAGACCCAGGUGUCAGGCCACAUGGUUCAGCUCCACUACCAGUGUGAUGUCCCUGAGCCCAACGCCCAGACCCUCUGCUUCCCUAGCACUGACGGCCUGCUAGACCACAAACAGAUUGAAUACACCAACUGCAUCCUAGGGAGUGUCCAAAGGGGUCUUCUCCUGGAGGUACGAAACACGGGUAUCUAUGGUUACCGGCAGGACAAAUGCCAUGUGUUCUCUAGUACUAGUGACCCCAGAGAGGCACACCCUGAACCCAGGAAGAUGCCCCAAAAUGAAAUGGUACAACUGUUGAGCUUCGACAAGUAUAUGACUGAGCUGAUAGCAUUUAAGGAGAACAGAGGAGGCUCUCCUGACUAUACCAUCCACAUGUGCUUUGGCGAGAAGUUCCCAGACGGAAAACCCCUGGAGAAGAAACUCAUCAUUGUCAAGGUGGUUCCCUUGAUCUGUCGUCACUUCCACGAGAUGGCCCAGGGGGAGGGGGCAUCUUCCCUCCAGAACGACAACAUCAGCCUGCAGAUCUCCCACCACAACAGCCUGAUGGAGCUUAUCAGUGCCACCUGGCCCGAUGGCCCAGAGCACACCAUGGGGCAAUAUUUCUAGACCACCAAUCGUAUCACAACCCCACCCAGCCACUUAGCACCUAUCUAGGAUUGGUACCACAUCCCCACCCACCAACCCACCCAGGCUAUCUAGGACUAGUACUAAAUAGACCUCUGGGUCUGUCCCAAUCACGCACUUUGGAUCUAUCCCAAAUUGGUCUUAUGGCUGUGUCCCUAACCCUGUACUUCUAGACCAGGAAUGGUAUCUAAUAGACCUCAGCUAGGUCUUGUUUAUUUAACUGGUCCAUUACUCUACUGAUUAGCUAUAUCACUAAUUUAAUAUUCCCUCAGGAAAAACAUUUUUACAAAAAGUAAAUUAUCUGAUCUGUAAUUAUGGUGGGAUCCAGACAGGAGGAGUCUGAAUGUAGACGCCUUCUGAUAGUGUCUGAAGCUCACAACACUCAAAACAGGUUUUAACAGACACACAGAGGUCUCCUGAAGAGGAGGCCUUACAGUUUAUCAUAACAUGAUGAAUCUAUGUAUCAUAUUGCUAGCAGUGUGUAAUGCACUAGGCGAGGCCAUCCUUCUCUUGUUAGGUUAACAGAGAAUAUGGCAUUGUAGCUGUUUUAUUACUGGUUUACAAUUGUUUGUGGGAUAGGUAUCAAAUCACCGUCUCAGCCUGUCUGUAUUGAGUGUCUCAUUUAGUGGUCUGUUCUCUUCUACUGAAGAAUUCCCAGCUUCUGUCCCUAUGGGUCACACUUUAAACCUGUCUUGGUCGCUCAAUCCUUCAGUCUGUGUUCUCUAUUAUUAUUUUGUCUUGAAAAAAUGUAUUUUAUUGUAUUGAAACUGAGCAAACAACUAUUUUAUUUUCAUUGAACAGCACAUUGUAUAGUAUGCAAAAUAGGACCAAUAAACUCUUUAUUAGGUCAA